AUGGAAAGGGACAAGGAAACACACAAGGUGGAAAUCAAGACAGCCUUGCAGCAAGUAGAACGCGAGAUUGCCCUCAUGAAAAAGCUGUCGCACCCAAAUCUGGUUACAUUUUAUGAAGCGAUCGAUUCCCCCGAUUCCGAUCUACUCUACAUGGUGAUCGAGUACAUGCCUCUGGGGGAGAUUCUAACCUACCAAAACGAUGGCACGUUCCGAUUGGUGGACGGACAUUUUGAUGAGUUCCACGCUUCUCUCUACUUUGUUGACAUUCUGCACGGACUAGCAUACCUGCAUCAGCACCACAUUAUUCAUCGAGAUUUGAAACCCGAGAACGUCUUGUUGGACGCUCAAGGGAUUGCCAAACUCAGCGAUUUUGGCGUCUCGCACAUAGAUACCGACUCAGCGCUCAAUAUGAAACGCAUGUCCAAUGAUGGGCUUCUGACGAAAACAGAAGGUACCUGGGCCUUCUGGAGUCCAGAAAUGUGUGAAGGAGGGCACUUUUCGGGCUACGCAGCCGACAUAUGGGCAGCCGGAGUCUGCUUAUAUAUUUUUGUCACCGGAAAGUUGCCCUUUUUUAGCAAUGUUCCGUUAGAUUUGUUUGAUAUGAUC